CAUCGUUCAGUGAGAAUCUUUUGGAAAUCUGCGAUUUGCGCAGAACACGCAGCCAUUCACUUUGAAUGCUGACUGCUGCCCAAUGUCCAGCAGGACAACAGAGGAGUCCGUGGCAGAUUUUGCGAAAUAAAACUUAAAAGCUAUUUCGAAAACACUCAGUUAGGACACGAUGAGUAUUUUAGACCACAUCGGCUGCUUUCGACUAAAACUUUACAUUCCGGGAGGAAGUGUGACUGUGCGUGAUUUGCAGUGUACACAGUGAAAAGAGUUUUCAGAUCACCACCGGCCACCAUGAACCUCAGCCUGGAUGCCUCCUGUUAAAAUGAUGGUUUGGUGAGCCCAACUUAGUUCUUGCACUUGACCGUCUGCGAUGGCCCAGAAUUAUGGCUGUUCAAUUAAUUCUUCUGCGGAGGACCAGGAAAGUAAGGAGAACUCUCCGCUGCUGCAGAAACAAGCAGAGCAACUCUCAGUGCCUCCCAAAUGCUGCUCCGUGCGAUGCAAUCUGGCUAUAAUGAUGUUCUUCGGCUUCGCUGUGGUGUAUGGUCUCCGGGUCAAUCUCAGUGUUGCCAUGGUCGCCAUGGUCAAUGGAACUAGCACCCAGCCAGAUUCAAAUGGCAGUAAAGCAAAGGAAUGCCCAGUGUCCUCUGCUACCUUGAACAGCAGCAGUCAAACUCUGGAUCAGCCAGAUGGGGUGCCACGAUACCCAUGGGAUUCUGAGACGCAGGGAAUGCUGCUUGGUGCAUUCUUCUUUGGUUACCUUUUCACCCAGAUCCCUGGGGGCUACCUGUCCGGCCGAUUUGGUGGAAGCAUUUUCCUGGGAGGGGGAGUUCUAUGCACAGCAGUCCUCACACUUCUCACUCCUCUCGCAGCACAGCUUGGGGCCAGGUGGCUGUUUGCUCUACGGGCCUUAGAGGGAUUUGGAGAAGGUGUGACGUUCCCUGCCAUGAUGGCCAUGUGGGCUUGCUGGGCCCCUCCAUUAGAAAGAGCUCGUCUAAUGACUCUCUCAGGAGCCGGGGGUAAUUUUGGUGCCUUUGUCGCUUUUCCUCUCACUGGCUUUAUCUGCCACAGCCUGGGCUGGCCUGCAGUCUUCUACUGCUGUGGGGGCGCAGGGUGUCUUUGGGCAGUACUAUGGUUCAUCCUGGUGUCAGAUGAACCUCGCACACAUCCACGAAUAAGUGACCAAGAAAAAGAAUACAUAAUCAACUCUAUAGGUUCAGAGGGGGGGUCCCAUGGUUGGACAGUACCGCUGCUGCCCAUGCUGCUCUCGGUCCCUCUCUGGACCAUCAUCAUCACACAGAUGUGUUCUAAUUGGUCUUACUACACUCUGCUUACCUCACUGCCCACCUACAUGGACACUGUGCUACACUUUGACCUACGCCAGAACUCCUUCCUGUCGGCUCUGCCCUACCUGGGAGGUUGGUUGUCCUCCGUGUUGUCAGGUGUGAUAGCGGACAACCUCCUGGAGAGGAAGCUACUGAGUGUAACGGCAGUUCGCAAAAUCUUUACUAUUGCCGGUAUGCUGCUGCCAGCGGGGUUGCUGGUUGCAGUGGGUUUCUCAGGCUGCAGUGGCAUCCUGGCUGUAACUUUUCUCACUCUGUCCACUACCAUCGGAGGCAUCAGCUCUGCUGGAGUCUUCAUGAACCAGAUUGACAUCGCACCUCGGUAUGCAGGCAUGUUGCUUGGGAUCACAAACACCUUCGGGACCAUCCCAGGAAUACUUGCACCAAUUGCAGUCGGUUACCUUGCUAAAGACCACUCUCUGGUGGGAUGGAGGAAGGUAUUCUGUGUGUCUGCAGGGGUGAGUGCCCUCGGAGCCUGCUUGUACACACUGUUUGGCACCGGAAAGAUCCAACGCUGGGCAGUAUCAGAUGACAGGACAGAGACAGGGACAGAGAGGGAGCACUAGACAUGUUUUCACGAUGGGCUCUAUUUUGCAUUGUACAGCUGGUGAGCUGAAGCUACUCAGGAUGCUAUGUGGGCCUUUGUUCCUGUAGCCUAUUUAGAGCUGGUAAAGGCAAAAUGCUUUGUUAUACAGAGGACUGUAUACUGUUUUUAUGCUGCUCUGGGGGUCCCUUUUAAUACAGGUUAAAAGGACUAUGCGUCUUUCACAUGUGUUUUUCAACCAUGUGCACCAAUAAUAGUGGCACUAAUACUGUGAUAGUUCUUAUGUUGGAUUGAAAGGUUUGUCUAAAAAUGAUGGGAACAAAGCACAUUUUAUACUUGUGUCAUAGUCAGAAUUGUUUAAUUUCUUUUUUCACAAUUUCUGUUUUGUAUUUUAAUCUUUUGUUUAUACUUGAAGAGUAUAUCUUAUGAUAAAAUGAAAAAAUACAAAUUGUUUACGCUUUUAUUUGUUGCACUUUCACUGGGCAACAAAAUUUUUUAGUACAUUCACUACAUUUCUGUGGAUGCCAUUAUUGCUCAGGUCAUAAAGCAGAAUAAGCAAUGCAGUCAUAAAUAUCAUUGUGUCAUAGCAGUUUGAUGGAAAAUGUUGGAUCAUUUACUUGAUCGUGUUAUAUUGUUGAUGUAUUGCCUUUAUGUGUUCCUUAUUGUUUUAUAUAUAAAAUAGCAUUCUGUCAGAAAAUAAUUAUGAAUUAUUUUUAUUGAAUUAACAAUAGGCAAUAUUAAUUGUGAGCAUUUUCAUAAAUUACCUCAUAUCUUAUUCAUAUUUUAAUGUUCAUCACUUGUAAUGUACAAUGAUAUUACUGUGCCAUGUUUAUAUUGAAAAUUGACUUCAUCUGAAAGCCAAGAUGAUUCUGAAGGAAGAAAUGUUUCCUUACCUGUCCUGUACUGUUAUUUUGAUAUUGAGAUCAUUCCCAGCCCUUUAAACUAUGGAACUUCUUACACAGACAAAAUAUGACUUUAAAGUCAUUUUGGUUACUUCAGCUUUGAAGCAGUAUUUGUAUAACAUUUCUUGUAGCAAAUUUUCUUUUGCAAAGAGACACUGUCUUACCCCAUCAAAGGAUCAUAUAUAUGCAUUUUUGUGCCUUUUUACAGCAAUUACAGUAAGAAAAGAAUACCAGGAAAGGUGUCAUAAGCCCACUGUCUUGAAACCAGAGCUGUGGAUUUGUAAAUCAGAGUUUAAACAUGGAGUUUAUUUGAAUUUAUCAAAAACCUCAGAAGGAAAAUUGUUUAUGUAACUGAACUUUCACACAUUUUAAAAAUGUUUUGUUUUAAUCUACCAGAUAUUUUGAGUGAAAGUCUGCACAGCUGCAGUAUUUUGUAUUUUGUCAUCUGUAAGCAGAUCUAUUUUAAAGGUCCACAUUUACUUUACUGAGAACUCUACAUUUUGUUUGCACAUUUGCCUAUAAAGUUAGCAUUCUUUUGUCUGUUGUUGCCUGUUUGGAAACAUGAAAAAUGAAAUUAUGACUUGUGAAUGAAUAGCUUACAAAAUUAUUCAUGGAAUGUACUUAUAAAAACAAAUAUUUAUGAAAAAUAACAAAGUUGUUCACCUUAUUGGAGGAAAACAUCUUCAGUUUGAUUUGUUUCAUUGAAAUUAAACAUAUAGUAUACCUAAGGGUACAGCACUACAAAAUUAGCUCCAUUAGUCUCAAAUGUGAGCAUGUUAAACUAUCUGUGAAACACAAUGUCCACAGACACUGACCAAUAAAUAUAAUUAAUAAACGCU